UUUAUUAUUUAGUGUAUGUUAUUUUUUUGUCUUUUUGAUUUAUGAGAGAACUUGAUACAUAUUCAGGCUAUUAACUCUUCUUCUUUCUUAUAUAACAAAUACUUUAUCCUAGAUUGUCAUUUGUCCUUUAGUUUUGUUCACUAUUUAAGAAUUCAUAAAUCUAAAAUGUCCAUGUAAUCAAGGUAGUCUUUAUAGGCUUUCCAUACCAUUGGGCUGGAGGUGGCAGCUGUGACUGGAAGCAGAGAGGCCCAUGGGCAAUCCUUGAGCUGGUAACAGGGGUGACAGGUGAGGCCCUCAGUGGGGGUCAGUCUGGAGAAGAUCAAGCUGGACAGAUUCAAGACAGAAUGGAGAGGUGGCCAAGAAGUGGUAACCUUGGGAAGGGGGAGAAUGAGGAAGGAGCAGGAGGAGUGUAAGGUGAUUCACAGGGUGCUGACCUGGAUGGCAGAGUGAGCAAUUGGAGGAUGAGCCAGAAUUGGGAAUGCAUGAAAAAGUAGGGGUGGGGGACAGGGGCAGAGAUUAUUAUAAUUCUCCUUGGGAUUGUUGAUGGAAGCUCCUGGUGGAGAGAACUUGGUAUUUGGAUCUCUAGGCCUGGCGUGUGUUUCUGUCUUUGUGUUAGGCUUAGAAAGGCUUUAUCUGCUACAGAGUUAUAUGUUCACAUAAAUUUUCAAUACUUAAAUGGUUUCUUUUUUUUUUUUAAUUUACAUUUAAUUCUUAGUCUAGAUGGAGUUUGUCAUAUUUUGGUGAAUUGUGAGAGUUAAGGAUUUAACUUCUUUUUCCUGGUCACUAAUAAUUAAAAUACCUAUUCUUAGCCUCCUGGUCUGAAAUACUGAUUGCAUCUUACAUUUCCAUGUAUACCUGGGAUUCUCUGGUCUGUUCCAAUGAAUUGUCUGUUCCUACCGUCUGUUUUGAUCACAUUUUCUUUAAAUAUAUCUUAAUAGGUGCUAGUGUGAGGUAUACUUCAUCACACUUCUUUUCUCAGAUUUUUCUUUGUUCUUUUAGGAUAGACUUCAAAAUCAAUGUGCCAAGUGACUGCACAGGGGAGCUAGAAACAUGAGUGAUCCCAGUGGAGUCCUUAUCCAACCAUAACAGGAGCUGGAUUUGAUGGGGCUGGACUUCUUGAUGCAGAAAUCACAUGGUCCUUUAAGGAAGAAGCCCCUCACUGCCAUUGACUUCUACUUGGGGGUAUUCCCCAGUCUCUGACCCAAAGACAGUCCUGUGGACCUUCAGAGCUCCUGUGUCUCUGCUGCUGUGGCUAGCCACAUGCUCCCCACUGUAGCCAAGCCAUCCUAUACUGGGGUUUUCCUGUCCAUCUUGCAGGGGAUCCUGCCUCCAGGUAGUGCUGUCUUCAACCCUGGUCUCCUCUAAGGAUUUCUUGUGGGUUAGCUCUGAGAAUCUUUUCUUAAUCUGUUCUUAAAUGUGUUGUUCCGGAAAGAAUUCUUCAUAAUCACCAGCACUGUGAUGGCUUUUUCCUAGUUUCUUCUGUGCAUGCCUGUUUGUACUGAUUUCACAUUUGCUUGGGUCUUUCUUUUUAUUUCUUUUUUUUUUUUUUAAUGUUUAUUUAUUUUGAGAGAGGGAGAGAGAGACUCUCAAGCAGGCUCCGUUUUGAGCAUGGAGCCCCAUGCAGGGCUCAAUCUUACCAACCAUGAGAUCAUGACCUGAGCUGAAAUCAAGCAUCGGACACUUAACCAACUGAACCACCCAAGUGCCCCUUUAUUUUAUUUCUUUAUUUUUGUAGUCCUUUCUUAAGUGACUUUUCCAGGAUUUUUAAAAAUAUAUUUUGAGAGAGAGGGAGGGAGAAAGAGAAUCCCAAGCAAGCUCCGUGCUAUCAGCAUGGAGCCGAACGUAGGGCUCGAUCUUACACCUGAACCGAAAUCAAGAGUCGGAUGCUUAACUGCAGGCGCCCCUCAGGAUCUUUUUUACUGAGGAGUAGUGAAUGUACUGUAAACUCACAAAUCCUAAGCACACAUCUCAGUGAAUUUUUAUAAUGUGUACACUCUAUAACCACCACCAUGAUCAAGAUAUUUCUUUUUUUUUAAAUACAAUUUAUUGUCAAAUUGGCUAACAUACAGUGUGUAAAGUGUGCUCUUGUUUUUUGGGGUAGAUUCCCGUGGUUCAUCCCUUACAUACAACACCCAGUGCUCCUCCCAACAAGUGCCCUCCUCAAUACCCAUCACCCAUUUUCCCCUUUCCCCGCCACCCCCCAAGAUUUUUCUUGUUGCAUGAAGGAGCUGUUGUGGGAGGUUGGAUGGAGAAGGGUAUCAUGAGUGUGUCCCCAAGCUAAGGAGGGAGCUACACAUCAAGUCAUGUCUAUACAGUGGUGUAGAGAGCAGAAUGGUUAGAAGUGGUGGGUCAUGUUUUGGUCCUGCCUCUAACUAUGACACUUUUGUGCCUCAGUUUCAACAACUGUAAAAUGGGAGUAGAUGAUAGCUCCUACCUCACAAGGUUGUCAUGAAGAUUACAUGAGGCAGUGCAUGUAAGCUCUAUGCCCCCAACCUAGACUCCAAGAUCAAGAGUUGCAUGCUUUACUGACUGAGCCAGCCAGGUGCUCCAUACAUCUGUGAUAAGAUUUGAGAGGGCCUGUUGUUAUAUAUUUACCAGCACACCACUGGGCAAAUUGCCUUAGGCUGAGGAGAGACCGGAGACCAGAUUGGACUCUUUGGAAAGAUUCCCAGAAGAGGGAGGGACUCAUCGAUGGAAAGACGCUUCCAUCAAUGGAGAGAGGAGGGAUGGGUAAGUGAGGCUUAGGUACAGGGAUUAGGCUGGAGGGGUAGAGAGUUCUGAGAAAGGAUGCAGGGGUGAGGAGAAUCUGGGGUGGGAGGCAGCUGGGCUUCACUAUUUCCUCUGCCAAGUAGGAUGCAAGCUGUGUCCUGAGAGUGAGAGGCAGACAAGUGAGGAACGGAGGCGGGAUGAAGGUUUGGCCCAAGUGAUCAGUGAGGGACACAGAGAAGGGACCUGGGAGGAUGAGGCUGACUCAGGAAGCCAGGGGAUGACCAUAGUGGCAGAACUGUAACCAUGUGGGUUACAAGGUGGGGGAGUGACCUAGAUUUUGGCCAUAGGCCAAGCCCUGCAGUGAGGAUUGCUAUUUUAUCUCCCGGGACAAUCCUGGAGGAAAUCAACGCUGGGAGAGGUUAAGUCCUUUAUCCAAGGCCCAGAGCCAGUUAGCGGCUGAGUCAGGAUGCAAACUGAGGCAGCUAGGCUCUGUUGACAAGGCAGGAGCUUGCACAGUGGCACAUCUCUCCUUGGCAAAGCCCCUUAGACUAUGCAAAUAGGAAUCUCUUCAGGACAGAGAUCGGCAGGGUAGGUGUGGCCAGCCACUUGGCAAGGGUUUCAGGGCAUCAAAAGUACUGGCAAAGCCUCCUCAGCCUGUGGCCCGUCUGGUGUUUGCCAGCCAGCACAUUCUUGCCACCACUCCACAGUGUCUACUGAAAGCGAAUGAUAAUGAAUUGGCUUGCAUUUUGUAAGUUUCUUCGUUACUUUGUUUCCUAAUAACUCAUUCUUAUUGUACUUUUAAAACAUAAAGUACAUGCAGACUGGGAACUUAGAAAAUCAGUCCUUCCCCUUAGAACACUUGAGAAGCACUGUUCUAACCCAUCCUUCUAAUCACAUUGCUCCUCUGCUAGAAACCCUGAGUGAUCCGUGCUGGCUGUAGCAGAGGUUUCAGAUGGUAGGUGGGGACUGGUUUGUGGAACUUAAUUACAUGUGUCAUUACCAGCGUUAAAAGAAAAAGAAGUCAAGUGAAAUAGAAGAUAUCAGAUUAUAUUACAUGUAGUAAAUACAUUUUUGUUUCAUUUGGUUAUAUAUUUCAUAUAUUAUAAUGCAUGUUUGUACUAGCGUAUGAUGGAAAAUGUCUGUCUUUCUAUGAUCACGGUAAAUAAAAAUGUUUGAGUGCCACUGGUCUGCAGAUAAAGAUGACAUUGCCAGGCCUGGUGUUCCAAGUGUAAGGGGGAGAGUGAUUGCUGAGGAAGAGCAGGCAAUGCUUCCUGGGAAACGAGCAAAGGUGAGCUGGGUUUGGAGGAUGUCCAGGUUAUGGAUGAGCAGAGGGAACAGUAUUAGCAAAGUCAGAAAGACCAUGACUUUCAUGCCUAGAUUGUGUGUCCAACUCCAAGAGGGCCUGGGUCAUGCCACUGGGGACUUGCAGAUAGCAUAAGAGUUGUAGUACCUGUGAUAGGAGCUUAGGGGACAGAGCCCAUAAGUCUGCCAGGGAAAUCAGGGAGACUUCCCAGAGGUGGCAGUUCCUUAGAUGAGGAGAGUUGGGGUUUGCCAGAACAACAGGCAUGUGGAAAAAGCCUGGUCAAGUGAGGAUCUUAUAAAGAGGCACAAGAAAGCCCAUCAUGUUUGGGGAACCAUGAGCCACUUGGUAUAGGUGGAGCAUGAAUUAGGGAGGAGGACUUCAUGUGCUGUGUUGUAAGUUGAGAUUUUAUUUUGGGAUGAGGAGCCAUGGGGGAAUUUUGAGCAGAAGGAUGACAUGAAUGUUCCUACAUCUCAGGACUCUGGCAACCUGAGGAGAGUAGAUUAAUGGAGAGGAUACCUGCAGGACCAUUACUGCAAUAGUUGGGCCUGAAGGAAGGCAGUGGGGGUGCAGGGGGGAGACUCAGGAGGAGCCAGCAGAACUUGGCCACCCGUCCGUGAUUGGAUUGGGCACUAAGAGAAGGGAGCAGGCAAGGGUGACCCCCACUGUGGCUGACUCAGGAAACUGGCUGGGUGAUGGUACCUUUUGCCCAGAAAAAGAACACAGGGGGCCGAGAGGGUCCGAGGGACAAGAUAACAUGUUCACUGUUGAAAGGGGCACCUGACUGGCUCAGUCAGUAGAGUGUGCGGCUCUUGAUCUCAGGGUCAUGAGUUCAAGCCCCAUGUUGGGUGUAGAGAUUACUAAAAAAAAGAAAAGAAAAGAAAAGAAAAGAGAAAAGAAAAGAAAAUGGCACCUAUAGGUGGGCAUGACAAUGGAAUCUCUCUGCUGGAAUAGAGGAGAGAGAUUAGGCCAGGGAUACAGCCUGGGGAGAGUGCAGAGUGAGGAGAAAGCACUAUCAAGGGGGCCUCAGGGAGAAAGGAGCUCAUGAGAGACUGAGGGGAGUGGUCUUUGAGGCACAAGAUCCAGAAAUUUGGGUCCCAGGAGCCAAUGGGGCAGAAAAGACUUAGGGGGAAAACCAGUCAUGCAAAUGCUUCAGAAAACCAAAUUCCCUGAAGGAGCCAUGGGAUGUGGCCAUUUGGGAGGCCAGUGAUGCACCAUCAAGGGUGCAGAGGUGGGUGGUGGGGCAGGAGCCAGAGGCUUUGGGAGAGAGUGGGGUAACACAGUGAGGCAGGGAGGAAGCAGGGCUGCACCUUUGUGCAAAUCAGAAAGGGGUCCCCUGCCUCCAGGCAGAUUAACCCCCUCAUCCCAGCAUGCUGGCCUGGCCAGAGGAUGCGGGCUGGGCUUUGGCCCUGUGUGCCCCACCAUCAACAUGCCAAUGCCCUGAGUGUAGGCCAGCCUUUCCAGAAAUAGGAAAGAAGGAGAGAAGGAGUCAUUGACCAAGGAGAGUGCUUGGUCAUAGACCAAGACCACGUGAGGGGUUUAUUUUUUUAGGAUGUGAGACACGGGUGCACGUUGACUUGGAUGAGAGAGGGGAACCUGUGACAAGACAGAGAGAUCUGCAAUAGGCUGGGUGGGCAGGUGGGCAGACAGGCAGGAAGGGGCAUGCCUCUGGUGUGCUAGGGGCAAGGCUGGUGUUGUUGCCAUGGAGAAAGGGAAGGGACUGAGGAGGAGCAGGGCUGUGUGCUGAGCCCACAGCCUGGGGCCCAGUGUGCAGGCCACUCCUGCUGGCAAGAGUCAGCUGAGAAUCUCUGCAGCUGAGCAGGGAUCCUGAGACACAGCUGAGACUGCCAGUCCCGGGGGACCAGUGGUUCCGGUGCCCAGGACCGGGUGACAUCUAGAAUGCAGGCUCUGGGUCGAGAACUGGGCAGACCAGGCUGGAGAGGUUCUUGGCACAGAGCUUUAGUUUACUUAAUUUACCUUUUACUGUGGAAAAUUUUCAAACACGCCCAAAGGUUGUGGGAAACUCAAACGAACCCUCUUAUCAUUAGACUUCAGUGAUUAUAAUGAUUGUCAGUAUUAUUGUAUGACCCCCCCCCCGUAAGUACUUUUUUAAAAACUUUAAAAAAAAUUGUUUAAUAGAUUUUUUUAGAGAAGUUUUAGGUUCACAGCAAAAUUGAGCAGAAGGUACAGAGAGAUUUCCCAUAUAUCCCUGGUUAAAAACUUUAUUUGGAAAUAAUUUUAAGCUUACAGAAAUUGCAAGGACAAGUUUCUUUAUUUUUAAAUCAUGUUUUUCUUAUUAGAGAAUAUGUUCUCAGAAUGUAUAUAGAGGAAAAUUAAGAUCAUUCAUGACCCUACCACCCCAAACUUGAAGACCUGAUGCCAUGCCCCACUGAAGCAGAAUGCCAGCAGCAGCUGUGGCCCCUGCUCCUAGGAGCUGUGCCACCCACCCUACACAUGCACACACCCACACCAACCCCAGGGCCCAGGCCUCAGCCUAGGCUGGGGGGGUUGUGCAGGAGUGGGGCAGGCAGUCGGGGCCCAGCUCAUGGUGGUGAGUACCCAGAGAGAGGAAGAAGGGAGGACAUCAUGUCCUUGGCCUCACACAGUCAGGGGGAGGCAGAGGGCAGGAUGACCCACUUUCAGAGUGGCGUGGCUGUGACUGGGACUGCUUCACAUGGUCAGUCUGCAUAUACAUGUCAGUCUUAAACUCUUCAAAAGGGGCUGUUAAACAUCUGUAUCCUGUUUUCAUUAGCUUGUAAGCCAUGGUGAUGGGGACCUGUCUAGUUCUCUGAGCUAACAAGUGUGCCCAGAGGCUAAUAAACAGCAGAUGCCUCUAAUAAAUAUGAUUUUAAUACUCAGUGUAAAUGUGUGUGCAAAUACAUCUGUGAAAUGAAAGGCAGGAGCUGAAUUCUAUAUGCAAGUUGCACAAUUUCUUAGCUGUUUUGAAAUAAGAACUGUAGUGUGACUGUGUAUGGAAGGUAUAGGUUUUGGACUACAGAAUGUGUGUACAGGGUGAAGGGAGUGUUUUUUUGUGGAUAGCCUAUAUAUGUGUGGUGUGAGGUAAGGGGUAUGUGUGUGUACGUAUAUGUUUGUGUCGUGUGUGUGUGAGUGUGUGUGUAUGUAAAAGAAGUCUCCGUCAGAUCGGUUGGAGAAAAAACCAGCUACAUAGUUUACAAGAUCUGGUGCGGAAUGAAAGUGUAGGGCCCCUUGUUCAAAAUUACUGGGAAUUUCAAGACAGCUGCAACAGCACGUCAAACCGAGCUUGGCCUUUCUGAGCGUGGAGCCCCAUAUGACUUUAUAGGUUGAACGCCCACGAUCCCUGGCUGGAGAGUGUGCACCUCCUUUCUCCCCUCAGCCUUCCUUUACUACCUUGGUAAGUCCUUGAAUCCCUUUGCUCUUUCCCCAUCUAGUUCCCGGGGUGAUUUGGGGAGUGUAUGGUGCUAGCCAGAGGCAGCCCAGAGAGGAGCUAUAGCAGGUGGCCUGCGCAUCUCCUGGUCCUCCUUACAUUUCAGUCUGGACCUCAUCACGGGUACCAUCAGGUGUCUCUCUGCUUCUUGCUAAAAAUAGUCUCCUGGGGAUGUGCACGCCCCCUCCAAGACCCCCCACUGCCCAUCAAGGGCUUCAGUUCCUGGGAGCCCUGAUGGGCCCUCUACUGAUCUUGUGCCACAUACCACAACUACCUGUGGGGAAGAGAUGGCAAAGGGGAUCAGCUGCUGCUGGGGCAGCACUGGGGCAGCAGAGCUCACAGCCCCGAAUUCUCAGUGAGGGGGUGUGGAGGGUGGGGACUCCUUAAGUCCUUCCUGUUUAUUGCCCUGAUUUACCUCCUCUCCAGUUAAGUAUGGUGUGCCUGCUUCAGAGCACACUCAGGAGAUGCUAAUGGAUAAUAAAGAGGGUGUUCCCGCCCCAAUACCUAUACUUGUCAAUAAUUAGCAAUGAUUUCCUAGGUUCUGGGAGGAGGCAAUGGCACCCGGCCUGCCCCAGCUGGUUUAACUCAUCAUUGUAGCAUUAGCAUAGCAAUUCCAAGGUCCCUGAGUGGGGUAUUCCACUCAUACCUGGGGGUAUUCCAGGUAUGGCUUCUCCCAAGGGUUAAGGGAAUUUGAGAAGUUACUUCACCAUGUUCCUGAUCCUAGCCAGAGACCGGUCCCUAAACUCAAGCCCUUCCAGCUCCCCUAGUAACCAUGGGACUCCUGUGGUCUUCUGUCCUGGGGAUUCCAGAUGGGACUGUGUGAACAGAAUGCCUGGAGGGCCUCCCUGAGGAAAGCCAAUGGCCUUAAGCCAAAGGACCCAGGAGUGUAAAGGUUGUUUGGGCAAGUGUACAGGGCAAGGUAGGCAAGAAAGGGGAUUCCGGCCCAAGUGAUUGAGCAGGAGUAGAGAUUUCAAUAAACUUGUUAAUCACUGGCCGUGGGGUUUGACCUGCCCCAGAGAGAGGGAGUGACAAAGGCCCCCAUGCAGGGGUGUGAUGACCAGCUGGCUUUCCAGGAAAAAAAAAAAAAAGCCCUUGUUAAGAAUCUUCCAAUGUCUGUGGUGUAAAUACUCCCACCAAGUCCAAUUUCAAGCUGCCACUGGUUUAACAACUGGCUUACAGAAUUCUUGAAUAUUUAACAGCCAGCUCUCACUUCCCAUUAGCUCACUGUCCCCACCAGAGGCCGUCAACAGCACAAGCCCCCAGGACCCAUCCGCAUGCCUCUCUGAGCCCAGGCUCCCACUUCCCUGGCUGUAUUGCAAAAUGUUAUGCACGCAUUGGACAGUGCAUGAGCCCAGGCUUGAGACAGGCCAUUUAGCCCUUCAUGCUCCUUGUGCUUCAGUCCUGGGGGAAGGCUGGCUGGUCAGCCUUGCGGCUUACCAUGAUGCUGCUGAGGUGAUGGAUGUGAAACGACUUUGCCAAAGUGAACAGCAAACCUAGUCAAGUGAAGUGCCACAGCCCAAGGCCUAGGGACUACCUAUUUCUAAUCUGGAGCAGUGGGGAAGUCUGACUCCAUGCCAACCACAAUGGUUUGACAAGCCCUAGUUUGGAGCAUCUAGCAGUUUGCCAUCUGACAAGCCACCCUGCCUCUCCCCUCCCUCAGUCACAUGCAGCUGCCUCACACACUCCCACUUCCAGGAGACCAGGUGUGCAGGGUGAUGAACACCAGGUAGCCAGGAAGCCACUAGGUCAGUUCCCUGAACCACAGAACAACACAACACCCAUCCCAGGGGUUGGGAAUCUAUCCACAAAAGUCCACUUGUAGAAGGGGCUUCCUGGUAUUGUGGCCAGGCCAUUUCUCUGGGUGCAGGGUUUUCAUUGUGCAAUCUUCUCAGAGACCCACCUGUACUUGACUCCUUCCCAGUGACUCCAUCUCUCCCUCCUCUGGGCUUCUGGAAUGGUACAAGGGCCCCACCUUACUUAGCCAGGCAUCUGUGAUGAGAGGUGUUGACCCAGCUGCCUCUCUGCUAGCUCACUGUGUCAGGUGGAAGGGGCUGAGAGAGCAGCAGGGCCAUAUCUUUCUGUAUGGCCAGGGACCCUGGGACUGUCCGGAGGCAGGACUGGGGCCAGGGUCCUCUGGGAGUCAGCCAGACACUGGGUGAUGAAUGGUACAGGGAGCCGAUGAGAAACAGGCUCUGGGCCAGGAAAAACAGCCCAGAGCUACAGGUGUUCUGCUGUUCCUGCUCCUUUCCUGUCUUAAUCCCUCCUGUUUGGUGACAGCACUCAGCCAGGCCUGGAGACCAGCAGGGAACACCUGGUGACCUGAGAGUAAAUUUCUAUGGGGGAUGGAGAUGGUCACAUGUGUCUGGUUUCUGUGAACGUCACACUCCACGUCAUUGCAGGAGACAGAGUUACAAAUGACCCAGCACACCGCACGGCAACACAUGCUUGGCUGGGAGUGGGCACACAUGUGAGAGACAGAGUAGAAGACUCCAUGGAGGGGUCAUUUGACCCCUUGACCAUUUGAAUGGGGUCAUGAAAGUGGGCCCCCCCCCCCACCUCCAUAGCCCCAGUCUCUGCACAGACUGGCCCCAACCCUAGGACUCACAGAUCUGCCUUCUGGGAAUCCCUGGGGUGGCCCAAGGCAGCCUGCCCUCCUCAGCAAGAGAUCACACAGCCAACUUCCUCCAUCCAAAGCCUUCCAGAACCUCACCACUGGCUUUGCCAACAUGGUGGACAUUUCCCCUUCUCAGAACAUAAGGGAGUGAGAUUCUCUGGCUGCUCUUUCCAUGAAUGAGCAGGUGAGGGGGGAGAAGGAGGGCUGUAGCACUUGGGGAAGGGGCUCUCUUAGAAAGUUCCUGGAAGGUGAGAGGGAACAGGAGGGGAGGAGACAAUACUGUGGCCUAGAGGAUGGGGUCUGCCCAGAGCUGGAGCCCAUCUGGAUCCCGGUGUACCCUCCCAGAAGUUCAGGGUUGGCACCAACCCACUUUAGGGCCUUAAAAAGGUUGCUCCUGCUGAGGUCUGGUCCCCCACAAAGUGCUGACUCUGGAUCGGAUGUGAUGAAAGAGGGAAAAUGACUGUAGCAAUUGAGUUCAUGGCAAAUGCUUGUGUGUGUGUCCCCUCAUUUAAAAAACAAUCUCUGUGCAUUGUUGAUUCUGGGACUGUCCUCUCUCUGCCUCUCUGGAGAAUUUUAUGGGAUUCCAAGCUUGGUUUAGAAUGUAGGAAAAACACCUACCCACCCCGUGCUGUGCACAAAGUAGGAGCCUAGUGAAUGCAUGUGCCUUUUCUUUAGCCGUUCAAAGUGGUCACUUGGGGUUGAGGGAAAAGGGGCUUCCCCAGCCUAGAAGCUGAUGGGCCUUUGGUCCCUGCCUCCCCUCCUUCUUCCCUCUCCAGCUGAGGACAGAUACCUGGAUGUCAUAACAUACUCCGUGUCCUCACCUGUAUAUUCUGGGACACAGGCUGGGGAGGGUACCUGAGUAGGUCCCCUCUGACUGAGGAUGGACUUUCUUGCACCGUGGGCUGCCCUGUACCAGUCCCAGGAUGGAUGCAGAAGGGUGAGGCACUAAUCCUGCUUGUUGGGCAGGAUGCUGGCAGGAGGGCGGGGAUGAGCAGGGGCGGGGCUUCCAGAACAAAGGAGAAUGGGGAGCCCUGGGGGCCCAGGCUAGGCAUCAAAAAGGCUCUGCAGAGUGAGCAGGCUAUCGCAGCUGCCUGCCUCUGUGUCCAGCAGUCAGUCAGCCAGCUUGCGCCGGUCCCUUCUGCCUGCCCCAGACGGGCACCAAACAACACUCUGCUUAGAGAGGCCUUGUUCUCCAGCGUGAUUGCGCCCACACUGCUCUGUGGUUUUCUCUACUUGGUGUGGGUUGCUGCUGCAGUUCCAGAGGAGGGCAGAGGGAUGGCUGAGAGUGGAGCCAGGAGCCGGGAGGGCCGUCGGGAGCAUGCCUUCAUCCCGGAGCCCUUUGAUGGAGCCAACGUAGCCCCACACCUCUGGCUGCACCGCUUCGAGGCCAUCAAUGACCUCAACCAUUGGGACCAUGUCACCAAACUAAGGUUCCUGAAAGAGUCCCUCAGGGGAGAUGCCCUGGAGGUCUACAGUGGACUCAGCCCCAAGGACCAGGAAGACUAUGGGGCUGUGAAAGAGACCCUCCUGAAGGCCUUCGGGGGGCCCGAGGCCACCCACAGCCACCUGCCCAAGGAGAUCGUCUUUGCCAACAGCAUGGGUAAGGGCUACUACCUCAAGGGGAAAAUUGGCAAAGUGCCCGUGAGGUUCCUGGUGGACUCGGGGGCCCAGGUCUCUGUGGUCCACCCCAACUUGUGGGAGGAGGUCACAGAUGGUGACUUGGACACUCUGCGGCCCUUUGAGAAUGUGGUAAAAGUGGCCAAUGGGGCUGAAAUGAAGAUCCUGGGCAUUUGGGAUACAGUGGUGUCCCUGGGCAAGCUGAAGCUGAAGGCAGAGUUCCUAGUGGCCAAUGCAAGUGCUGAAGAAGCCAUCAUUGGUACCGAUGUGCUCCAGGACCACAAUGCCGUCCUGGACUUCGAGCAUCGCACGUGCACCCUGAAGGGGAAGAAGUUCCGGCUCCUGCCUGUUGGAGGGUCCCUGGAAGAUGAGUUCGACCUGGAGCUCAUAGAGGAGGAGCCCUCCUCAGGGGAGGGGGGACAGCAGCUCUCCUACUGAGAAGCCCCCUUUUCUUUACCCCCCAAACAUUGGUUGGAAGACCCACCACAAUGGAGGGGAAGGGCAGAUAUCCCCACUGGGGUCACUGGGUUUUGCCAGCCCUCUGGGUUUUGCCUCCUCCUCUUUCUGCAGGGGCCUUAAGCUGCCGCUGGUGGGGGAGGCUUCUAUCUGAAAAGGCACAGGUGAGGGAGAACAGGCUGGCCAUCUCAGUGGGAGGGAGAGUCCUCUUGGUGGUCAAGCGGUUAUUGCUGCCAAAGAUUUAAGGCUGGAAGAAGGUUCCAAGAAGGCUAGAAGUGACUGUCUUGGAGAGAGAACUGGGGCACCCCGUCAGAUCGAUCCCCUGAGUUAUGGCUCAGUCACCUUGAGGUGCAUGCAGUUUAUUUCAGCUGGGCUGGAUCCUGGCUGCAAGAUCCUCACAGGCAAGACCCAGCGCUUGCGGAUGAGGGUCACAGCUGCUCUGGGAUUCUUUCCUGUUGGGUCUUCCCACCUACCUGUAUGAUGUAGUUUCCUUCUGUCAUUGCUUUGAAACCCAUCGAGCCUUAUGCCAAUAAUUCAUUACUUCAAAAACCAAUAAAAAUUGACUCAUGGAAAAACCACAUAAUGUGUUGACUGGGGAUGAAUGGAAUGGAUGUGAGAGGCUGGGUACAACAGGGAGAAAAUGUCAAAGAGAAGGAAGAUCUAGUCAGUGAGUGACUAGCCUGGAGAUGUAAGAGAAUAUAUACACAGUGACUGUAUAUAUGUUUUGGAUUUUCUAAGAUAGCCUCAGUUUCAAAUAUUUUUACUUAUUUCUUCCAUAAUUCCUCUAAUUAUUUCAAACUCCAAUAUGUUUGCAUCCAAAUUGCCUCUUAUCCCCAAGAGUGACCCUAAAGUUAUUUGUGAGGUGCUGAUUGGAGAUAGGAAGAUUAUGGUUAUUGUAAACAAGUGGGCAAGUACCUUCCUGACAAAUAGUUCUUACAGCCACCGGGGAAACAGAGGUGACCUUGGAGUCAGAAAGGUGAGGGGACAAGUGUUGACCUGCACGGGGCAGCCCAAGGGAGUCUGGAGGACAGAGGAGCAGGUAGCAGUGGGCGCUCUGGCAUCAGGAGGACAGCUCCUUCCUGGAGGGACUUGGGGCCUGAAAGAGAGAGAUGGGAUGAAGUGGGGAGGACAUUCCUAGAUCUGGGAAUGGGGUGUUCAUCUCUUUUAGGGCUCUACCUCAUAUCUGCUCCCAGGUUUCUGCCUCUCUCUUUGGAACUCAGUAGGGUUGGAAAUUUGGAAACACCCAGGCGAAAAGAUCUGCAGGGAGACCAAGGGUGCAAAGCCUCAAGAGCUGUUGAAGAUGAAGGCCAUCUUCCCUUCAUGAGGGUGGGAUGAGCCUCUCCUGGAAGUUUCCACCCAGACAUCCGUCCCCAGGGGAGAGACAAAUAGCUAAGCAGGAGCCAGAGGCAGGGAUGAGUCUUUUUUCUCAGAAGCCCCUGGGGACUUGACCCUGGCCCUCCUGAAGCUGCUCUGAGCCAGGGGUGCUUGCUUCCUUCUCAGAGUCCAGCUGUGAUUCUCCUGGAAACUGAGGCCCAGGUGCAGCCCUAAUCCUCAUGAUUACUGCAGCCCAUCCCUGCGCAGCCAAGCGUAUUAAAAGGAAUUGGCUCCAGGCUCAGGGCACGUGAGGCGGUGGGCGGUGCUGGAUCAGAAGGAAGUCUUUUUCCGGUGAAGUGAGGCCUGGAGAGGGGGUGCCCUGUGAGAGGCCUGGCUGUGGAGGUGGGAGAACUCCAGAAGGAGGUAGGAGGACUGGGGAAGGGGAUGGUCUCCUUGUGCCUCCCAGGUCCCUUUCUCAAGUUUGGUUUUCAGCUCCUAACAAAUGUGGCUUCUCUCCUAGGCCAAGCCCUCCCCUCAGGGGACAACCCAGGUGGCACCUCCCUGUGACCUAUUUUCCUUCAGG